AUCGAAUACACCCUACGACGCUCUAUUCUACGACGCGGAAAAACGGCCUAUACCCCUCACUGCCAUUUCAUAUGUCCAGAUAUUCUACUCUGAGUUUAUUGUGACUUGAAUUUCGCUAUCCAUUCUAACGGCAUCCCUGGCCGGACAAUGAUCAGGGUGGCCUAAGAGUGUCCCCGACGAAGGAUCACCGCAGACCAACGACCCUGUCUUCCUAGCAUUCACAAUGUGGCGGGACCGGACCAAUCUCUACAUAUCCUACCGCCAGUCGUUCGCGCAUCAUCCAGCCAAGAAGCCACGUUAUCUCGGAGCUUCCAAUGGCUUCUCCGAUAGCCUGUCGCAGCCUGAAGAAAGCCGUCGACUCAUUUCAGAAACCGGCGGUCUUGACGACGAUGGCGACGCAAUUAUCGAGAUGGACGUUUUACCCCCGCGCUGGGUUGACGUACAGGAGGAAGUGACGGAGCUACUUGCGGACAUUGCGCAGAAGUCCUCUCACCUCGAUAAGCUACAUCAAAAACACCUUCUACCCGGAUUCGGAGACGAGGAUGUACGAAAGCAAGAUGAAUUAGUUAUAGAGCGGCUCACACAGGAUAUCACGCGCUCCUUUCAUGAAUGCCAGAAAGCAGUUAAGAAGAUCGAGACGAUGGUACGGGAAGCUCAACAACAGGGUGGAGUUAGCAGCGGCGAUGAAACCAUGGCCAAAAACCUGCAGAUAUCUCUUGCUGCUAGGGUGCAAGAGGCUAGUGCUCGGUUCCGGAAGAAACAGAGUACAUAUCUGAAGAAGUUACGAGGACUGGAGGGUGGAUCAGCGCCGUUUGAACGUUCCCCGACACCGAUGCAGAACCCAUAUACAGACCCGUCGCUAAUGGAAUCCGAUGCGGACAAGUCGUUCUCGCAAUCCACGCUGAUGCAGACGUCGCAACGACUGACGGGCCAGAACGAUGCCGCCAUUGAACAGCGGGAACGGGAAAUAAACGACAUCGCGAAAGGAAUCAUUGAGCUGUCGGAUAUUUUCCGGGAGCUGCAGUCUAUGGUUAUCGAUCAGGGUACCAUGCUGGAUCGGAUUGACUAUAAUAUCGAGCGGAUGGGCACGGAGGUCAAGGCCGCGGAUAAAGAGCUGAAAGUGGCUACAAACUACCAGCGACGUACAGUGAAACGCAAGAUCAUGCUCCUGCUGGUGAUCAUAGUCGCAGGCCUGUUUAUCGUUCUACUAGUCAAGCCGAAGAAACACAGUUCCCCAGAUCCCGCUCCGGCACCGGCGCCGCCACCUCCCCCGCAAACUAAUGAACAGCCGCCCGCAAUGACUCCUCGUGCUUUCCAUACCAUAUACCGCCGCAGAAGGAGUCCCUCUUCGUUACGGAUUGCGAGAAACAAAUGGGGUGAUCCGGAUAUAUUUCGAUAGUUCGCAAUUCAGCGUUCCAUGAUAAUAGUAAUGAAACUAAUUCAAAUGUAUUCCAGCGCCGUAUUGAUUUCUUUCGAGAGAAAUUAAUUCG